GUGAGCUGUUGGCUAACAACAAUGAAGACGACCAGCAGUUUGAAUCGUGCCAUCACAUAUUCCCAAGCUCCCUAACGGUUGUAACGUGACCACCAUCACAACUGGAUGCACAGACGGCUUAUUUUAUUAGCUCACAAGACUGUCUGUGUUGGCCUACAGCCUCUUGGAAGACGAGUCAAGUGUCAGCAACUCUGCAAAGUGUGUAGAGCUUUUCCUGUCUCUUCAUGCUUUAAACAUCUACCUCCAACUCUUCAUGCAUUCAGUUUUUCCCGGCAAAUCCAUCAUUUCUCCUUAGUAUUCAGACUCCUCCAGAACGACUCUCCCGAGCUUUCCUCACAUCAGUGUUUGUCCAGCGAGCUAGAUAUGGCAGAGCAGAGGUUCCUCGUGGAAUACGCCAAACGUGGUACAGCAGGAUGCAAGAAAUGCAAGGACAAAAUCGCAAAGGGCAUAGUGCGCAUAGGGAAGAUCGUGCCAAACCCCUUCAGCGAGUCUGCAGGGGAGAUGAAAGAAUGGUAUCACGUGAAGUGUAUAUUUGAGAAGCUGGAGAGGGCAAGAGCCACUACGAAGAAGAUUGAGGACAUCACAGAUCUGGAGGGCUGGGAGGAGCUGGAGGAUGAAGACAAGGAGCUCAUUAAUAAACAUGUUUCAGACUUGAUGGCUAAAGUCAAUGCAAGUCCAAAGAAAAAGGUGCAGGCAAAGAUGAACGCCAGUGCCCAGCUACUGGCACCGCCGGCUGACCCAUCUGUCAAUGCUCCACGCAAGUUCUCAGGCUUCACUGCUGCGAAAGCUGGCAGCUCCAGCAGCCCGGGACCAUCCUCUGCGUCUGCUGGUGUCAGCCAGGGCAGCCCCCUGUCCUCCAAGCUGUGUGACCCCCAGCACAAGGACUGCCUCUUCAGAGAGUUUCGCAAGCUGUGUGCUAUGGUGGCUGAACACAACAGCUACAAUACCAAGACACAGAUUAUUGAAAAGUUCCUCAAGAAGGGCUCAGGUGGAGAUAAAUUCCACGGAGAUCUUUACCUGACAUUAAAGCUGCUCUUGCCAGGAGUUGUAAAAAGUGUCUACAACCUCAAUGACAAACAGAUCGUAAAACUCUUCAGCCGCAUAUUCAGAUGUGACCAGGAGGCAAUGGUGCGCGAUCUGGAGCAGGGCGAUGUGUCUGAGACUGUGAGGAUGUUCUUCGAGGAGAGCAAAUCAUUUCCUGCGGCUGCCAAGAGCCUCCUAACCAUCCAGGAAGUGGACGCCUCACUAACCCGCCUUGCCCAGCUGACCAAGGAGGAUGAGCAGCAGACCGAGCUGGAGUAUAUCGCCAAAAAAUGCACCGGUAACGACCUGAAAUGCAUCAUUCGACUUAUUAAGCACGACUUGAAGAUGAACGCUGGAGCAAAACAUGUCUUGGAUGCUGUGGAUCCAAAUGCUUAUGAUGCCUUCAAGGCCUCGCGCAAUCUUGGUGAUGUGAUUGAACGGGUGUUGAGGAAUCAGCAGGAUGCGACUAAUGGCUCAGGACCCAGGAAACUCCUCACUGUGGAGGCCUCGCUCAUGACCCCCGUUCAGCCCAUGUUGGCGGAGGCUUGUAAAUCCAUCGAGUACGCCAUGAAGAAAUGCCCCAACGGGAUGUACUCAGAGAUCAAGUAUGAUGGAGAACGUGUGCAGGUCCACAAAAACGGAGACAACUUCAGCUACUUCAGCCGCAGCCUCAAGCCAGUCUUACCACACAAGGUUGCCCAUUUCAAGGACUACAUCCCUCAGGCGUUCCCUGGAGGCCACAGUAUGAUAUUGGAUGCUGAAGUCCUUCUAAUUGACACAAAGACCAGUAAGCCCCUGCCCUUUGGGACAUUGGGUGUUCACAAGAAAGCUGCCUUUCAAGAUGCCAACGUGUGCCUUUUUGUUUUCGACUGUAUCUACUUCAACGGCGUGAGUCUCAUGGAGAGGCCUCUGUCUGAGCGCAGGAAGUUCCUGCACGACAACAUGGUUGAAGUCACCAACAGGAUCCUGUUCUCAGAGAUGAAACACGUCACUAGGGCUGGAGACCUGGCUGACAUGAUAACUCGUGUCAUCAGAGAGGGACUUGAAGGCCUUGUGCUUAAAGACGUCAAGGGCUCGUAUGAACCAGGGAAGCGCCACUGGCUGAAGGUGAAGAAAGACUACUUGAACGAAGGAGCGAUGGCAGACACAGCGGACCUGGUGGUGCUAGGGGCCUUUUAUGGAAAAGGCUCAAACGGGGGCAUCAUGUCCAGUUUUCUAAUGGGCUGUUAUGACCCACACUCCAAGAAAUGGUGCACAGUCACCAAGUGCUCCGGAGGCUACGAUGACGCCAUGUUGGCACGGCUCCAGAAAGAGCUGGAUGUGAUCAAAAUCAGCAAGGACCCAAGCAAAAUCCCAGGCUGGAUGAAAAUCAUCAAGAACUAUUAUCCAGAUUUCAUUAUUCGUGAUCCGCAGCAAGCACCUGUCUGGGAGUCACAGGCGCAGAGUUUUCCAAAUCUGAAAUGCACACCGCUGAUGGCAUCUCUAUCCGCUUUCCCCGUAUGACGCGCAUCCGUGAUGACAAGGACUGGAAGACUGCUACCAACUUGGACCAGCUUAAGGAGCUGUACCGCAUAUCCAAGGAGAACUGUGACUUUAAAGUGACAGCUGGACCGUCUACGUCCAACGAUGACAAGGGCUCAU